UUUAAAUGUGUGUUUGUGGGUGAAAUGGCUGCGCAGGUCGGAGCGGUGCGCGUAGUACGGGCGGUGGCGGCGCCGGAGGAGCCGGACAAAGAGGGAAAGGAGAAACCCCACACUGGGGCCUCGCCCCGGGGCGUGAAGCGGCAACGCAGGGCGAGUAGUGGGGGGUCUCAGGAGAAGCGGGGGCGGCCAAGCCAGGAACCCCCUCUCGCUCCCCCUCACCGGCGGCGUCGAAGCCGCCAACAUCCCGGGCCGCUGCAUUCAACGAAUGCAGCCCCAACCGUCCCAGGCCCUGUUGAGCCUCUGCUUCUGCCGCCUCCGCCGCCACCUUCGUUGGCACCCACUGGGCCCGCUGUUGCCGCCCCACUCCCGGCCCCGGGCACCUCGGCCCUCUUCACCUUCUCUCCCCUGACGGUGAGCGCGGCCGGGCCCAAGCAUAAGGGCCACAAGGAACGGCACAAGCACCAUCACCACCGCGGCUCCGAUGGUGAUACUAGUUUAUGCGUUCCGGUCGAUCUCAAGCACAAGGACAAGCAGGAAAACGGCGAGAGGACUGGUGGGGUGCCUCUGGUCAAGGCCCCCAACAGAGAAACACCAGAUGAAAAUGGUAAAACCCAGAGAGCUGAUGAUUUUGUCUUGAAGAAAAUAAAGAAGAAAAAGAAAAAGAAACACCGAGAAGAUAUGCGAGGAAGACGCCUUAAAAUGUACAAUAAGGAAGUACAAACCAUCUGUGCUGGCCUGACUCGCGUCAGUAAGGAAAUCCUCACCCAAGGACAAAUAAAUAGCACUUCAGAAGUUAAUAAGGAAUCCUUCAGGUAUCUGAAAGAUGAGCAGCUGUGCCGAUUAAAUUUGGGCAUGCAAGAAUACCGAGUACCCCAGGGAGUACAAACACCUUUUAUGACUCACCAGGAGCAUUCUAUUCGUAGAAAUUUCUUAAAAACAGGUACGAAAUUUAGCAACUUUAUUCACGAGGAACACCAGUCCAAUGGUGGUGCUCUUGUCCUUCAUGCUUACAUGGAUGAACUCUCAUUUUUGUCUCCAAUGGAGAUGGAGAGAUUUUCUGAGGAGUUUCUUGCUUUGACAUUCAGUGAAAAUGAGAAAAAUGCUGCUUACUAUGCUUUAGCAAUAGUGCACGGAGCAGCUGCUUAUCUCCCAGACUUCUUGGACUACUUUGCUUUUAAUUUCCCCAACACUCCAGUGAAAAUGGAAAUUCUGGGCAAGAAAGAUAUCGAAACAACAACCAUUUCAAAUUUUCAUACUCAGGUCAACAGGACAUACUGUUGUGGCACCUACCGAGCAGGUCCUAUGCGGCAGAUAAGUCUUGUUGGAGCUGUAGAUGAAGAAGUUGGUGAUUAUUUCCCAGAGUUCCUUGAUAUGUUAGAGGAAUCACCAUUUCUGAAAAUGACUUUGCCCUGGGGUACACUUUCCAGCCUCCGACUCCAGUGUAGGUCCCAGAGUGAUGAUGGGCCUAUAAUGUGGGUAAGGCCAGGAGAGCAGAUGAUCCCUACAGCAGAUAUGCCAAAGUCACCCUUCAAAAGACGACGAUCAAUGAAUGAAAUUAAAAAUCUCCAGUACCUACCUCGGACCAGUGAACCACGUGAAGUCCUCUUUGAAGAUAGGACAAGAGCUCAUGCUGAUCAUGUAGGUCAGGGGUUUGACUGGCAGAGUACAGCUGCUGUUGGGGUUUUGAAAGCUGUACAGUUUGGUGAAUGGUAAUGACAACCUCGCAUAACCAAAGACGUGAUUUGUUUUCAUGCUGAAGAUUUUACUGAUGUUGUACAGAGACUUCAGUUAGACCUUCAUGAACCUCCAGUUUCCCAGUGUGUACAGUGGGUGGAUGAAGCUAAACUAAACCAAAUGCGGCGGGAAGGCAUUCGUUAUGCCAGAAUUCAGCUAUGCGACAAUGAUAUCUACUUCAUCCCUAGAAAUGUCAUCCAUCAGUUCAAAACAGUGUCAGCAGUGUGCAGUUUAGCCUGGCAUAUAAGGCUUAAACAGUACCACCCUAUUGUGGAAGCCACUCAAAACACAGAAAGCAAUUCUAACAUGGACUGUGGUUUAACUGGAAAGCGACGAAGAGAAUUAGAAGUUGACUCCCAGUGUGUGAGAAUAAAAAAUGAAUCUGAAGAAACAUGCACAGAGAUGCAGCUUUUGACAACUACCUCAUCGUCCUUCUCACCUUCAUUAGAACUUAACCUUCAGCAGCAUCAGAUAACUCAGCCUACUCGAUUUAAGGUGGAAAAUAGACUGGAAUCUGACCAGCAGCAUAAUCUGCAGGAACAUUCAACACUCCUGUGUGAUGUGUACAUAUUCAAACACAUUUUUUUAACUUUUAAAUUUUGAUGUGAAGUUAUAGUUUUAUAACUGGCUUAAGUUAAGUUUUAUCGGAGAAAUCUUGCCUAUAAUUCUAUAAAGAGAAAUGACAUUCCACAAAUGUCAAGCAUAUCUUUUUACACAGAUUAUGCAAAGUUAGAGUUGAUUCUUAUCCUGUUAGUACAGUAUGUAAUAGUGGGUCUGCGCUACUUUCUGUUUUAAGGUGUGAGGUAACAAUUCAUCUCUUCUUUAAAUCAAAAUGAGAAGUAUCUGGAAUAACCAGAUUCUUAUUUGGUAAAAUUGUCCACUUCUUUUAAUUUUGUUUUGCCUUGUUUCUUGCCAUAUUUGCCUGCUUUUAUUCUGAAACCAUCAGAUUUAUGACUUUGUACUUGUGUCUUUAUGGCCCAGUUCAAUUUCUACAGUAAAAAAUGGCAUAAGGUUGCAGGAAAGAGCUCCUGCAUCUGUUCAUGGGCAAGUAAGUUAUUAGUUCCAAACACAAAGAACAAAUAGUUUCUAAGAAAAAUUCAGUGAUUCUCUGGUUUCUUAACACAAGGGACAGCACAGCACUUUCUGAUCCGAACUGUCUUUUUUGUAUCUGUUAUUUAAAGCCUAGUGGAUAUUUCAAUUAAAAAAAAAAAAACUAAAGAUGAUUAGUCCUUGGUCAUUCAUUAUUCAUGGUUCAUUAAUCUCUUCUACAAUAUGUGGUAACAAGAGAAGAUAUUUUGGGUAAAAGAGAUAAUGCUGACAUGAUACUCUAUCACUCUGCUUCCUAGCAUCCUCACAUUUUGUGUGGAUACUUUUGCUUCCUAAACUGAUCACGAGUAUCAAACUUAAAGAAUAAUAUUGCUAUUUCUGAUGAGGCUGCCAUAUUCUGAACAUAAGCUGAGGAAAAACUAUUUUUGUUACCUAACAUCAACCUCUUCAUGAAAAAAGAUAUAUUGAUACACUUCAAUUCACAGUUUUUAACUGGUGAAUACUGGGUUUAUUCAUUAUCGCUGUGUUGCUACUUUCUGGUAAGGAAUGUGGCACAAGCCUUCAUCCCAGAGUUUUAGGUAGCCUAAUGCUUAAUGCCCAAUUCUUAAAAAAAUCUUUUUUUUAAAACAGGCACUAUUAUGUAGUUAGUGUGGUCUUUCUGUUAUUUUAGAAUGUUAAAUGUGAUACACAUUUUACUUUCUCUUAGUUAUAAUACAAUAAGCCUUUUGUUUAAUAAAGGAAGAGUAUUCCCCACACCCUAAGAACCAGAUUCUAGUUAUCUACUUGGUUAUUGUGCAAUUUGGAGAUUUCUUUUCCUGGAGGGUGAGAUUUUGGAACAUUUACAUUAACAUAGGCAAAUAAGAUGCUGCUUUAUGAUGUCUUUCACCGUAAAAAUUAGCUGCAUCUUUUGAAAUAUUCAAAUAUGAAUUUUCUCUAAAAGAUUCUGAAAUAGGUUAAAUCUUAUAUAAAUAUUACUUGUGGCAAUAUUGUUGUGUAGUUAAAUGCAUAUUAGCAAAGUAUAGAGGUCACUGUGUAAACCGAUAGAAAAAGUAACCAUCAGCAAAUUACUGCAGUGAUUAGUUAGAAUCUGUAUUAUUCCUUAUAUAUAUGUAUAUGUAUGUAUUCUUUGUUACAAGGAUGAAGACAAAUAGAGAAACAUUUCAUGUAAACCAUUUAUGAAUUGAAGUGAUGUUGGUUUUAGUUAUCUUUGUAAAUAAGGUAAUUAGAAUGGUAUGAAAGGUAAUGUGAUUAUUGCAGGGGUGUUUUUAAAUCUUGGAUAUAAUUCUAGGGUAAAUUCUAGUUUAUCAAGACUAAUGUUUAAGGGACCUGCCUUUGAGAGUGUUUUUUGAUUUGUUGUUUUUGGGAGGAGGGGGAUUAAUUACAAAAUGUAUGGGUUUGGGUUUUUUCUUGUUUUUGUUCUUCUGUGUAGAAGAAUUUCAUAGAGCUUUACAGGCUGUGCAAAGUAAAAUUCUUCUCAGGCAACAUUUGCUUUUUAAAAUAUAAUGAAGAGCAAAAGUUGUUAAAGCAAAAAAUUCUUUAUUUUAAUUUUUCUUGUCUUCCAAGAUCCGAUUUCCCCAUUUCCCACUUGCCAUCCAGCAGAUGCCAUCUGUCAUCUAAGCUGGUCAUUGCUAAUAAAUGAGGAGACUGUCUCCUGACAGCCAGCACUGUGUUUAAUCACUCAGGAACCAGCGGAUCUGCAAAGACCUUACAAUCACAAGCAAAUCCCCAUUUUCCUUUUAUAAAGCAUUCUACCCUCACCUCCAAUAUAAACACAUUAAGGAGUAUACAGUAUUAAAUCAGUACUAAUAAAUUCAUUGUAUGUUAGAACUGCAAUUAGAAUGGAGAGAAACAUUUAGCUAGUAAUGUAUUUGGAAACUCUGAAUGUCCUUUGUGAGUAUUAGAUUUUAAUAGCAUGCUUUAAACACUGAUGAAUAUAAAAACGGCAGUUUUGAGUUUCUUACUGCUUUCAAUGCAGUAUCCUAGUUUAGUGAUACAAAUGAUUGCAACCUUUCUAAAUCAUUAAAUUAUUUGGUCUGGUGGAGUGAGGCAUAGAGCAAUCUGGCGUCCUCUGAUUUGUUAAAUUAGUGAUGGCAGUGAAACUAUAACUGAAAUUUAAUCUGAUCUUCCUUUUUGGUAUGUCAUCUAUUGUGCCAAUUCUGAGAUUGCUUGCAAAAUGUGGCUUUGAGUUUUAGUAUUAGCAGAGGGAUAUUUUUAAAAUUUGCUUAUGGAAGGGACCCAAUAAAUGAAUAUUCCUAACUUAGUGACUAGAAUGAUUUUAUGGUAUCCAUUAAAAAUAAAAAAUGCCUUCCCUCUACCCCAGAAGUCAUUCUGCAAUUACCAAGAUAUUCUAGGAGUAGGAUUAUGAUUCAAAAAGAUAUCCCAAAUUCAUAAAGCAAUAAUAAUAUAAACCUAUCUAUUAGUUCUCCCCUCCAAAGUUUUAAGUCUUUAAAAAUGAACUCCUAGGCUUGAUUGUACUUUUAAUUUGCUUAUUCAAUACUUAGAAUUUAUUCAGCUGUUACUUUAUUUUUAAUUAAAGAUAUUUGAAAAGUUCCCUUUCCCCUGAGAGGACAUUUGAAACAUCAGUUGACUAAUAUUACAAGCUCUUGUAGGGGGAAAAAGGAGCUUAUUAGAUAAAAUUCUUUACUAAACCUUAGGAAAAGAUGUCUUGCAUCAGUCUGAAUAGGCAUAAAGUUCACACUUAACAAUGACUGGGGAAACUUUUGCUUAUUUCCUUUCCCUACAUAAACUGUCAAGAAUGCAAGCUAAUAUAGGAACAAGACUCUAAAAUCCAAGAAAAUCUUUAAUGAAUAUAUUCUUGAUCAUUCAUAUUAGCCCAUUAUAUCUUAAUCUAUAUUUGCCAUUAAAAUUUAUUUGCAUUUAAACCUUUAGGAUAAUUGAGUCCUUGUCUUUCUAAUAAAUCUAUUUUGUCACAUGCUAUCAGUUAAAAAAAAAGAACUUUUCACUAGCAUAUGUCAGAAGUUGACAAUUCUGGUAUUUUUUUUUUUUUUCAAACAGAUUGUAGCUGAAUUUAUUGGUUAUGAGGUAGAUAGAGGAAAUGCACAGGACAAAUGUUUUUCUUUAGCACCUAAGGAACGAACCUAUCCUCAUUCUGAAAGUUUGUUGCUUUAAAAGCAAGUAUCUCUCCAUAGAUAUUAUGACCUUUCAUUUUCUUCAUACAUUGUUUAGGAUCCACUUGUGCAUGUAGUUAAGGAGACCACUGUCUCUUAAUAUAGCACUUUUCAAUUCUCUCUAAAGAAAUACAUAAUACUUCUAUCACUUGUAAAUUUUCAUGUAAUAGUGUUUUCUGUGACUAAACUCCAUUUUGACUGGCAGCUAAGACUUUUUUUCCUGUGGCUUUAAUUUAUCUAAGAGGUCUUUGCAUAUAGAUGAAAUGUAUAAUUUGCCUGGCGGACUAUUUGCGUUGUGUGGCCUUAGUUUGUUUAUUGACAUUAACAGGUGUUUUAAAAAGGUUUCUAAUGAAUAGUCAAAUCUAAAUUUGUGUGAAUAAUCUUUUAACACAGUGCUUUUUUUUGUAGCUGUCUAAGUGUGUUAUAUUGUUAAGCUAUUUCUUUGUAAAAUAGGACAAUGGAAUGCAUAGAGGUUUUUUUUUU